UAAUGGUUUAGGACUUUUGUUUCCGGCGAGCGGAGUAAUGUUGCACCGCUGGUCCCAUCUUGGUCGGAGAGAAAGGGGAAAGCGGAGAGAACCUUCCAUAUUACAGCUGCUUUGUCAGCACUCUUCUUUGUUAUGGACCCUCCCGGUGGGGGAGAUGAACGGCAGAGGCAGGCAGAGCGUCUUCGACGGGAGGAAGCAUAUUAUCACUUCAUAAAUGAACUGAGUGAAGAAGAGUACCGUCUAAUGAGAGAUGGGAACCUGCUGGGCACCCCUGGAGACGUGACUGCAGAGGAGCUUCGCCAGCGUCUGGAUGGAGCAAAGGAGUGCGUGUCGUCUCAACCCCACACCGAGCAGCGCUCACAGACAGUGUAUGCUGGGGAGCAUCAGAGCGUCAGUGAUGACGCGGAGCAGAGAGGUCCUACAGAGCGAAGAGGGACAGGGGGAACAGAGGCUGGAGCAGAAACAUCAAAUAGUGAUUCAUUGCUGGAGUGGCUUAACACCUUCAGGCGUACUGGUAACGCCACUCGUAGUGGACAGAGUGGCAACCAAACGUGGCGUGCUGUCAGCCGGACCAACCCCAACAGUGGGGAAUUCCGUUUCAGCUUGGAGAUCAAUAUAAACCAUGACCAGCCAGAGCCAGGAGAGCAUAAUGACCCAGUGGACACUGCAGAUGCAGUUGAGAGGCCAGUGAAUACUCCCGCCUCAGCUGCCCCCUCGACUAAUGCAGUUUCCUCCUUAACUAGCCAUCGCUCUUCAGUCACAUCAAGGCCAGCCCCGUAUCCCUCGUCUUGGCCAGCUAUCAGUACAAGGAUGCAGACUCGCCGUACUCGUAGUAGUAGUGCUUCACUUUUAAUGAACCCUUCUGCACUUCCCCCUGAAGCCAACCCAGUCACUGUUCAAAGACGGGGGACCGUUUUGCACCCUCCUGCAACUCCUAACACUUUUUCAAAUCUUCCUGUAGAUCACACUACACCUUUAAGGCAUCAACUCUUGAAUGUAGAAGUAGAACAGGGGCAUAGCAACGUGUCACCUCCUUUAGACUGUCCCAUAGAGCAGCCAUCACCAUCUGGGUCACAAGCCUCAGUUGUGGGACAGGAAUCGGAUGGAGGGAGGACUCGAUCAAGGGGUCGGGCGCGCAGGUCUGCAGCAGGAAGUGGGGUUUCACCUCGCGUGUCAAGACGAAGUCGCUCCCCUUUGCAAAGAACACGUGUCGUGAGUACUCCUCCACCAUCCAGCAGUGGCCACACCGGCUCUGCUACUCACACUGUUGAGCCAAGUACUGUCACAACCUCAGUGUUGAUGGAUACGGGGGAAGCUGCGUCAGAACCCGCUGCUCUGCCGGAGUCAGCAGACGCAGCAGAACGUGAGAACGAUUCACAGGUUUCUGGAGCUGCUGGAGGUUCUGCAUUGAGACGACACCCCACUAUAAUGUUAGACCUUCAGGUGAGAAGGAUUCGACCAGGUGAAAACCGUGAUCGGGACAGCAUCGCAAGCAGAACCCGCUCCCGCGCACGAGUUGCUGAGAACACCGUUACCUUUGAGAGUGACAGCGGUGGAUUCAGACGAACUAUCUCUCGCUCUGAGCGGGCCGGGAUCCGCACCUAUGUUAGCACUAUCCGGAUUCCACUAAGACGCAUCAGCGAGACGGGCCUGGGAGAACCCAAUUCCACCGCCCUACGCUCCAUCUUACGUCAGAUUAUGACUGGAUUUGGGGAGCUCAGCUCCUUGAUGGAGACGGAAGCUGAUUCAGAAAAUGUUGCCCCUAGCCGCACAGAUGUUAGUGGUACACAUAGUACCACAGGUCAUCUGUAUACUAAUGAAAGUGCACCUAACCAGGCUGGAACAAGGGAGAUUGUUCAGGAGAGAGUGGGGCCCCUGGGGGUUGACCAUGACCAGAGUGGGCAGGCCAGACUUGGAGGAGCAGUCGUGACCGCCACCGAUGGGCGACCCAACAACAGAGACACCAACAACCUAGUAGAAAAUGGCACCUUGCCCAUCUUGAGGUUGGCGCACUUUUUUUUGCUAAACGAUGACGAAGACGAUGAGCACCCCAGAGGCCUGACCAAAGAACAGAUUGACAAUCUAUCCACACGUACAUACAGUCAGGCCAGCCUGGAGGGCGAGAUCGGUCGUGCAUGCAGUGUCUGCAUCAACGAAUACGCCCAGGGCAACAAGCUGCGUCGUCUGCCAUGCUCCCAUGAGUUCCACAUCCACUGCAUUGACCGCUGGCUGUCUGAAAACAACACCUGCCCCAUCUGCAGGCAGCCUAUACUUGCAGUGCAUCACGACUGACCUGUUUUCUCAUGACUGACCUAGCUCUGCUGGCUUGCUGAAAUAAGUAAACCUAAUGCUUUGCAUGUACAUAGCCUUUUCAUUGUUAAAUUUCUUUGAAAAAAUAUCUAUUGUGUUGAGCAAGACUGAACCAAAAGUGUGGAAAAAAACUAUACAUGCAAAUAAUUAACAAAACUUUAUUUUUUUAGAUUCUUUGUUGCAACCCGUGUUUUCAUCUUCUUGUGCGUUUUUUUUUCGUUUACCAACAAAGUCGACACGUCAGUGUGUGGAAUUAAUGUGAGAAGCUCCGGUAGCUGCUGCUAAAUAGUCCCACUCAAAUUCUUUCAUGUCUGGUAAGUGGCAUUCCCUUCACAGCUGGAUUAUACAAACCACUCCACCUAAUCAGUGCAAGCUGUAAAUAACUCACUGGUGCUUUAAAGGUCUCUGAAGUACAACAAUACUUAUGUCAUCUGCCUAGAAUGGAACCAGGAAACACCCUUUUUUUUUUCUUUUCACCAUUUUAAAACCUCACAAAUUUUAAAGAGUACUUUUGCAGUUUAUUAAAACUGUCAUACUAGGAAUUUUAAGAGCUACAUAAUCAGUUUCUGCUCUUUAAAGCAUUUAAUCGGCUGUACAGGUAUUUUAUGUCCGUGGUGAUCCAAAGGCAGUUUCACUGCUUUAAGGAUUUAUUUUCCUUAUUUUUUUUCUUUUUUUUUUAACUUUCGUUGCAGUAGUAUUUAAAAUGAGCAGAACAUUUGCAUGUUCUCAUUUCCUUUAAAUGCAACCAAUUUGACUUUAGUUUUUAGAUUUUUUUUUUUUUAUCUUUUACCAAACAGGAAAUGGUGAAAGAAAACACAGAAGGAAACAGGAAUAUAUAGAUUGAUCAGAAAAUAAUCUCAUCUGUCCAGACCCAGUAGGAGUGAGUAAUUAUCCCAGUGUCAGCAUACAUUCAGGGUAGACACAUUUACAUUCACACAUGUUGGCCCAAGAGUAUCUUAGAUCCCUAUGAAUUGGACCUAAAAAUGCCUUGUGCCCUACAUUAAUUUACACCUGUUUUCUCUAUAGUCCACUUGUGAUCAAAUCACACGGAUAGAAGUCAAACUGACUUCUAAAGUCUAAAUGGAAUGUUGAUUUCAAAUCCUUUGAAGACAGAACAUUUGGAAAUGAUAUUACUUAUGGUAGUUUACAUUUAAAACAAAUGCAGCAAGCAUGUGAUAAUCAGGGAUUCAGACUUGUUGGUAAAAAGCUGUGCAAUAUGCUGUUAGUUACUGUUUACAUGCAUUUUCUAGUUGUCAUAUCAACUUAAAGUAAAAGUUUGUCUCUGUUUCUUCUCUAUUGUUGCCAUUUUUCUGAGUAAACAUUUGUCAGGCGGCGUAAAAAGGUUUCAGCAGUUAUCCAGUUAGCGAAAAUACUUUUAACAGGCCUCCAGUAUCAGUUUUGCAUAUUUUACACAUUCACUUUUUUAACGUUAAGCUAACAAUUUCCGAUGGAAAUGUUUAACUAAUGUGGAAGAGGCAGUAAAUAGAGGAAAACACCCAGGCACGUGUUUCCACCACAACAGUAACAAUAAACCGGUCUACUUACGUCAGUACAUUUGUUAUUUUUGCUUUUUAUGAUGACAGGAUUGAGGCAGUAUAGUUUGUGAGAAUGUGUGAGCGCCUGUAUGUAUGGUGAGGUUAUUUUGUGUGUGUUUUUCAAGGGAAAACAGGCCAAGUGUUCUCUAAACCUUGUUCUAAGAAAACUUCUGUGAAAGAGAGUUUAAAAGAGGUUGUCGGCAGACAGAAGUGAAUAUUUAUUUGUUCCUAUUUAAUAAGAUGGAGUCAGUCUUUUGGAAUAUGAAGUGUGAAAUGUUUUAAUGUAAUGAGAGUAAAAUAAAAUGCUAUGACCAACACA